CCUACCCUAGCAUUGCAAACCACAAUGAAGAACCAGGACAAAAAGAAUGCGGCUGCCAAGCAAUCAGGCAACACUUCCAACCCAAAAAACCAUCCAGGGCAGCCGGAAGCCGGACCAGAGGGAGCCCAGGGGCGACCCAGACAGACGGCUCCUGCAACCAACGCUGAAGGUUCCACCAGCCAGGCCCCCGGGAAGCCCGAGGGGGCUCAAGCCAAAACUGCUCAGUCUGGGGCCCUCCGUGAUGUAUCAGAGGAGCUGAGCCGCCAGCUAGAAGACAUCUUGAGUACUUACUGUGUGGACAACAAUCAGGGGGGCCCAGGUGAGGAUGGGGCACAGGGCGAGCCUCCUGAACUUGAAGAUGCAGAGAAGUCUCGGAACUAUGCUACAAGGAACGGGGAGCCUGAGCUAGGGACCCCCAUGGUCAAUGGUGAGAAGGAGACCUCCAAGGGGGAGCCAGGCACAGAGGAGAUCCGGGCACGUUAUGGGGGCGGAGACCGAGACCACCGGAGACCACAGGAAAAGAAGAAAGCCAAGGGACUGGGGAAGGAGAUCACACUGCUGAUGCAGACACUGAAUACGCUCAGUACCCCAGAGGAGAAGCUGGCCGCGCUGUGCAAGAAGUAUGCUGAACUGCUGGAGGAGCACAGGAACUCUCAGAAGCAGAUGAAGCUCCUGCAGAAGAAACAGACCCAGCUGAUGCAGGAGAAGGACCACCUACGGGGUGAGCACAGCAAGGCCAUCCUGGCCCGAAGCAAGCUCGAGAGCCUGUGCCGAGAGCUGCAGCGACACAACCGCUCCCUCAAGGAAGAAGGUGUCCAGAGAGCUCGAGAGGAAGAAGAGAAGCGCAAGGAGGUGACCUCACACUUCCAGGUGACGCUGAAUGACAUUCAGCUACAGAUGGAACAGCAUAACGAACGCAACUCCAAGCUGCGCCAGGAGAACAUGGAGCUGGCCGAGAGACUAAAGAAGCUCAUUGAGCAGUAUGAGCUGCGUGAGGAGCAUAUUGACAAAGUCUUCAAGCACAAGGACCUGCAGCAGCAGCUGGUGGACGCCAAGCUCCAGCAGGCCCAGGAGAUGCUGAAGGAGGCUGAGGAGAGACACCAGCGGGAAAAGGACUUUCUCCUCAAGGAGGCAGUGGAGUCGCAGAGGAUGUGUGAAUUGAUGAAGCAGCAAGAGACCCACCUGAAGCAGCAGCUUGCCCUAUAUACAGAGAAGUUUGAAGAGUUCCAGAACACUCUUUCCAAAAGCAGUGAGGUGUUCACCACGUUCAAACAGGAGAUGGAAAAGAUGACUAAGAAGAUCAAGAAGCUGGAAAAAGAAACCACCAUGUACCGGUCCCGGUGGGAAAGCAGCAACAAGGCCCUGCUGGAGAUGGCUGAAGAGAAAACACUCAGGGACAAGGAGCUGGAGGGCCUGCAGGUGAAAAUCCAGCGCCUGGAGAAGUUGUGCCGAGCGUUACAGACAGAGCGUAACGAUCUGAACAAGAGGGUACAGGACCUGAGUGCAGGUGGCCAGGGCUCCCUCAGUGACAGCGGCCCUGAACGAAGGCCAGAUGCUCCCACUGCCUCCAACGAACAGGGUGGUGAGGGGCUCAUGGCCCCAGUACCCAACUCUCCAAGGGCCACAGAAGCUGCCUGCUGUCCUGUUGCACUGAGCACAGAAGUCACGGGCCAGACAGGGCCUUGGGAGCCCAGCCCCACCACCGCAUAG